AUGGACGGUCUAGAAAUAAAGCAAAAUGGCCACACAGAAGUCCACAGACCUGUGGCUGGCAUAUUUCUGGAGAACACAAAGGAGAAGAUAACCAUAUAUCAAGCCAUGAAAAAACGUAUGCUUAAGGCAGGAACAGCAUUAGCCCUGCUUGAAGCACAAGCUGCCACAGGGGGCAUCAUAGACCCAAAAAACAACAGAGUACUUCCUGUUGCAGACGCUGUUAAAGAGGGAGUAGUUGGACCAGAGAUGAAAGAGAAACUCCUCACAGCGGAGAAAGCCAUCAGUGGCUAUGUAGACCCCUACACCAAGCAAACAAUAUCUGUAUUCCAGGCAAUGCAGAAAGAUUUAGUUCCAAGAGAUUAUGGAUUGAGGCUUCUGGAAGCACAGAUAGCCACACAAGGCCUGUUUGAUCCCACUCAGAAGUCAAAUAUUUCAAUUGAAUCAGCGAUUCAAAAGGGCUACUAUGAGAAAGGUUUGCUCAACGACCAGAUGUCAGAGCUCAAAGUGUUCUACCAUCCAAUCUCACAAGAAAAUCUCAACUACCAGAACCUCCUAGAGAAAUGUACUGUGGAGCCCGGCACAGACCUGCUGCUCCUUCCUGUCUGCAUCACCUUCAAAGGUCUGCGAAGAGGCAUUUCCUCCAUUCAGCUCUUUGAAUCAAAGAUCAUUGACAAAGGAACAUUUGAUGACCUACAGAAGGGAAAGACCACAACACAGGAUGUGUUGCUGAUGGAACAAGUUAAAGAAUACCUGGUGGGCAAAGCCAGUAUUGCAGGCAUUGCGCUACUCUCAACCAAUCAGAGAAUGAGCAUUUAUGAAGCCAUGAAACAACGCAUACUCAUGCCUGGAACAGCACUUGUUCUACUGGAGGCACAAGCUGCAACUGGAUUCAUGAUUGAUCCUGUCAAAAAUAAAACCUACACUGUGGACGAGGCCGUCAAAAUCAAACUUGUUGGCCCAGAAUAUCAUGCAAGGCUGCGUUCAGCUGAGAAAGCAGUAACUGGAUACAAAGACCCAUACACAGGUGAAACUAUAUCCCUGUUUCAAGCACUGUCAAAAGACCUCAUCGUUAAGGAUCAUGGGAUCCGACUGCUUGAGGCGCAAAUUGCUACAGGUGGAAUAGUAGACCCAGUCAACAGUCACAGACUUCCAACUGAAGUGGCCUUCAAGAGAGGUUACUUUAAUGAGGAAAUGAAUGCCAUACUAGAGGAUCCAGGGGAUGACACAAAAGGGUUUUUUGAUCCAAACACCGAAGAUAAUCUUACCUAUCUUCAGCUGAUGGAACGGUGCGUCACUGAUCCAGUCACUGGACUGUGCCUCCUCCCACUCAAUGGCAAGUCUGGCAGCUUGAAUUUCAACUUCAUUGACUACCAAAGUAAAAUGGCCCUAAAAAAUGAGAAGGUGAAAGUGACAUGUGGGAAGUACAUGGGAAUGACAGUAUCUCUGUGGGAACUGCUGAUGUCAGAAUACUUUGAUGAACAGCAGAGGCAAGACAUCAUUCAGAAGUAUAGAGAGGGGAAGCUCACUAUAAAAAUGACAAUUACAACAGUUAUGGAAGUCAUAGAGAAGUCUGUAAAAACAACUAAAGUUGUCUUUGAAGGCAUCAGAGGAACUGUCACGGCCAGUCAGCUUGAGGAGGCAGACAUCAUAACUAAAGACGUCUUGGAGGAUCUGACAAAGGGAAAAAAGUCAGUGAAAGAGGUGAUGGAAGAUGAAAAUGUAAAUGUGUACUUGCAGGGGAAAGACAGUAUUGCAGGUAUCCUGCUUCCUGAUUCUCAAAUCAUGACCAUCUACCAGGCAAGACAGAAAGGAAAGCUGAUGCCAGGAACUGCUCUCAUUCUGCUAGAGGCACAGGCAGCAACAGGGUUCAUUAUUGACCCUAUUGGAAACAGGAAGUUUUCAGUGGAUGAUGCUGUCAAAGCAAAAAUUGUGGGGCCUGAUAUCUGUCAAAAACUGCGCUCAGCAGAGAAAGCAGUCACUGGGUACAAAGAUCCAUAUGAUGGUAAAAUAAUCUCCUUGUUCCAAGCAAUGCAGAAAGACCUCAUCCUACAAGAUCAUGGAAUUCGGCUCCUGGAAGCACAAAUUGCCACCGGUGGGAUCAUUGACCCAGUGAACAGCCAUCGGAUUCCUAUCCAUGUGGCCUACAAGAGGGGGUACUUCAAUGAGCAAAUGGAUCAGAUCCUGAGGGAUCCAAGUGAUGAUACCAAAGGUUUUUUUGACCCCAACACUCACGAGAACCUGACAUACUUGCAGCUCAUGGCCAGAUGUGUCACAGAUCCCAGUACAGGUCUGUGUCUCUUGCCACUCAAAAGCAAAAGUAAUAAAAUUCACAUUGAUGAUAAUCUUUGUGAAACAUUCAAAACAACAGUUACAGUUAAGUAUGGAAGGUUCAAGGGCAAGCACACAACACUGUGGGAUCUUAUCAAUUCAGAGUAUCUGUCAGAGGACAAACGACAGGAGUUUUUUAAGCUCUUCAAAUCAAGAAAAAUCACAAUUGAGCAACUCAUCGUCACCAUUUUAGAGAUCAUUGAAAAUAAGGAGAUAAAACAGCAAGCAGCGUUGAACUUUGAAAGUCUCAGAGGCAAGGUCUCUGUUGUGGAUCUUCGGGAGGUUGGAAUUGUGAAUGAAACAACCUACAACAGUUUGAUCGAUGGAAAGCUGACAAGCACUGAUGUACUGAAAAUGGAUAGCGUGAGAGACUACCUACAAGGAAAAAGUUGUGUAGCUGGUGUGAUUCUGCAACCCUCCAAUCAGAAGCUAAGCAUCUAUGAGGCACAGAAAAUUGGUAUUGUUACACCUGGCACUGCCCUUUGUCUCCUUGAAGCACAAGCAGCCACAGGGUUCAUUGUCGACCCUCUGAAAAACAAAAAGCUUACAGUGGAACAAGCUCUCAGAGAAAAGAUAAUUGGUCCACAGAUGUAUGAAAAGCUGUUGACUGCAGAGAGGGCAGUCACUGGUUACACAGAUCCGUACAAUGGUCAAAAGAUCUCACUUUUUCAAGCCUUGAAAAAGGAUCUAAUUGUCAAGCAGCAUGGCAUCCGAUUACUUGAAGCCCAGAUCGCUACAGGUGGUAUCAUUGAUCCCUUGAUGUGUCUUCAUCUACCCCUUGAGGUUGCAUACAAGAAAGGAUAUUUUGAUGCAGAACUCAAUCAAAUCCUGACAGACCCAUCUGACGACACAAAGGGUUUUUUUGACCCAAAGACAAAAGACAAUCUGACAUACAUGGAGAUGUUGGGCAGGUGUGUAAGAGAUAAGGAAACAGGACUGUUUCUCCUGCCACUGGAUGACAAACCUGGAACAAAGGCAGAAAUGUAUACUGACACAGAAAUAAAAAAAGAGUUCGAAAAGACAGGUCUGAGCAUAUCAGUAGGACGCUACUCAGGAAAAUCAGUUUCUCUAUGGGACCUGAUUCACUCUGGGUACUUCACCGAGGAACAACGGCUUGAUUUAAUUGAAAAAUACAGAGCAAAGAAGAUUACCACACACACCAUAACCACACUCGUGAUUUCCACCAUUGAAAAACUGGAGAAGAGUAAAACUCCCAAAAUGAUAAUGGGUCUGAGAAAGCCUGUCUCUGCAAAUACACUACUGGAUUCUGAUAUCCUCAAUGCAGAUACAUUCAAACAAGUUAAAGAAGGAACACUCACUUUUGAGGCAGCAACCCAAUGUGAAUCUGUGAGAGGAUACCUGAAGGGAACCGGAAGCAUUGCUGGAAUUAAGCGUCAUCCCUCCAAAACAGUAAUAAGCAUAUAUGAGGCAAAAAGGGAAAAUCUGUUAACACCAGGCAUUGCACUUCUACUGCUUGAAGCGCAGGCUGCAACAGGAUGGGUGAUUGAUCCUCUCAAAAACAAGUUCUAUACUGUUGAUGAGGCAGUGGGAGAGAAAGUAAUUGGACCAGAUGUACACGAGAACCUUCUCUCUGCUGAACGAGCUGUCACCGGCUAUCAAGAUCCAUAUACAGAUGCAAAAAUUUCACUGUUUGAAGCCAUGAAUGAACAGCUUAUUCAGAGAAGUGAUGGCAGCCGUCUUCUUGAGGCACAAUUAGCAACUGGAGGAAUCAUUGACCCGAAACAAAGCCACAGACUACCUGUCCACAUUGCUAUUAAAAAGGGAUAUCUCAAUGAAAAAAUGAGCAAAAUUCUGUUGAACCCGAAUGAUGAUGCAAAGGGAUUCUUUGACCCAAAUACCAAAGACAAGAUCUCUUACCACCAGCUGAUAAAACAAUGUGAGAAAGAUCCUGAAACUGGGCUACUUCUUCUACCCUUGUAUGAAGAGGAGUGCCAUGUAUUUCACACAGAUGAACAAAUAGAGCUUGCAUUCAAAAACAAAACUGUUGCCAUGCAUGCAGGAAAAUUUGAAAAUAAGGUGGUGACAUUGUGGGAAGUACUGCUCUCUGAAUACAUAUCAGAGCAAAAGAGGAAGCAGCUCCUACAGCAAUACAAGACAGAAGCCAUGAAAAUGGAGGAGAUCAUUGAAAUACUCACAGUCAUCAUUACAGAGGUAUCAACCAAAGAAAAAAAGUUCAAAGGACUAAGAAAGCAGGUUUCAGCCAGUGAGUUGUAUGAAUCAAAAAUAAUCUCAAAGGAGCUCUUUACGCAGAUUAUAAAGGGGGAAAUCACUGAUGAGAAAAUUAAGAAAAUGGAAUCAAUUCAAAAAUACCUUGGAGCUACAAACAGUAUAGCAGGAGUCAGAGUUGAAUCUACAAAGAAAGUUAUAAGCAUCUAUGAAGCCAGAAAAAAAGGCCUGAUUGCCCCUGGCACUUCUCUUGUGCUGUUGGAAGCACAAGCAGCGACUGGUUUUGUCAUUGACCCAGUCAACAACAAGAAACUUUCAGUAGAGGAAGCUGUGGCUCAAGGAGUGGUUGGCAGUGAGUGGAAAAACAAACUGCUUUCAGCAGAAAGGGCCGUAACAGGAUACAAAGAUCCCUACACUGGAAACACAAUUUCUUUGUUCCAAGCUUUGAAAAAAGAUCUCAUUGUGAAAGAUCAUGGAAUUCGUCUCCUUGAAGCGCAAAUUGCAACUGGAGGAAUAAUUGAUCCAGUCUACAGUCAUCGAGUGCCAGUAAAGGUGGCAUAUCAAAGAGGUUACUUUGAUGAGGAAAUGAACCAGAUCUUGUCUGAUCCUGAUGAUGACACCAAGGGCUUCUUUGAUCCCAACACUAAAGAGAACCUAACCUAUCUCCAGCUGGUGGAGAGAUGUGUCACAGACCCAAAAACGGGCCUUAACUUACUGUCCAUUGUAAAGAAAGACGAAUUUUAUUUCUUUGUUGAUGAGGCUACAAAACUCAUUCUGAAAUCUACAACAACAAACAAAGCAGGGGGGAAAUACCAAGGAACAACAGUGUCUCUGUGGGAUCUGCUCUACUCUAAAUACAUCACAGAGGAGAAGAGGAGAGAGCUUGUGCAACAGUACAAGUCUGGGUCAAUCACAAUUGAUCGUCUUUUAGAGAUUAUCCUGACAAUCAUUCAGCAACAAACAAAAUCAGACAGCAACACAACAAAAACUACCAUCACCACUACUACAGUCACAGAGACAUGUAAAGUUCCAGACUUCCAUGGAAUCAGGAAGGAAGUCAGUGCUACUGAGCUGCUUGAAUCAAAAAUCAUCACUGAGGAACUCUACAAAGAUCUUAGUUCUGGAAAAGUCACAGUGACGGAAGUGAGUGAAAUGGAUUCAGUAAGCAAGUACCUUGAGGGGACCAACAGCAUUGCAGGGGUGUACGUGCAGUCUACCAUGGAGACCCUGAGUAUCUUCGAAGCCAAAGGUAAAGGCCUGCUGACUCCUGGUACUUCUCUGGUUCUGCUGGAGGCCCAAGCUGCCACUGGCUUUGUCAUUGAUCCAGUGAACAACAAGAAACUUUCAGUAGAGGAAGCUGUCGCUCAAGGAGUGGUUGGCAGUGAGUGGAAAAACAAACUGCUUUCAGCAGAAAGGGCCGUAACAGGAUACAAAGAUCCCUACACUGGAAACACAAUUUCUUUGUUCCAAGCUUUGAAAAAAGAUCUCAUUGUGAAAAAUCAUGGAAUUCGUCUCCUUGAAGCGCAAAUUGCAACUGGAGGAAUAAUUGAUCCAGUCUACAGUCACAGAGUGCCUGUACAAGUGGCAUAUGAAAGAGGUUACUUUGAUGAGGAAAUGAACCAGAUCUUGUCUGAUCCUGAUGAUGACACCAAGGGCUUCUUUGAUCCCAACACUAAAGAGAACCUAACCUAUCUCCAGCUGGUGGAGAGAUGUGUGACCGAUCCCAUCACUGGCUUUAGCUUACUGGUCAUUGUGAAGAAAGGCGAGUUUUAUUUCUUUGUUGAUGAGGCUACAAAACUCAUUCUGAAAUCUACAACAACAAACAAAGCAGGGGGGAAAUACCAAGGAUCAACAGUGUCUCUGUGGGAUCUGCUCUACUCUAAAUACAUCACUGAGGAGAAGAGGAGAGAGCUUGUGCAACAGUACAAGUCUGGGUCAAUCACAAUUGAUCGUCUUUUAGAGAUUAUCCUGACAAUCAUUCAGCAACAAACAAAAUCAGACAGCAACACAACCAAAACUACCAUCACCACUACUACAGUCACAGAGACAUGUGAAGUUCCAGACUUCCAUGGAAUCAGGAAGGAAGUCAGUGCUACUGAGCUGCUUGAAUCAAAAAUCAUCACUGAGGAACUCUACAAAGAUCUUAGCUCUGGAAAAGUCACAGUGACAGAAGUGAGUGAAAUGGAUUCAGUAAGCAAGUACCUUGAGGGGACCAACAGCAUUGCAGGGGUGUACGUGCAGUCUACCAUGGAGACCCUGAGUAUCUUCGAAGCCAAAGGUAAAGGCCUGCUGACUCCUGGUACUUCUCUGGUUCUGCUGGAGGCCCAAGCUGCCACUGGCUUUGUCAUUGAUCCAGUGAACAACAAGAAACUUUCAGUAGAGGAAGCUGUCGCUCAAGGAGUGGUUGGCAGUGAGUGGAAAAACAAACUGCUUUCAGCAGAAAGGGCCGUAACAGGAUACAAAGAUCCCUACACUGGAAACACAAUUUCUUUGUUCCAAGCUUUGAAAAAAGAUCUCAUUGUGAAAGAUCAUGGAAUUCGUCUCCUUGAAGCGCAAAUUGCAACUGGAGGAAUAAUUGAUCCAGUCUACAGUCACAGAGUGCCUGUACAAGUGGCAUAUGAAAGAGGUUACUUUGAUGAGGAAAUGAACCAGAUCUUGUCUGAUCCUGAUGAUGACACCAAGGGCUUCUUUGAUCCCAACACUAAAGAGAACCUAACCUAUCUCCAGCUGGUGGAGAGAUGUGUGACCGAUCCCAUCACUGGCUUUAGCUUACUGGUCAUUGUGAAGAAAGGCGAGUUUUAUUUCUUUGUUGAUGAGGCUACAAAACUCAUUCUGAAAUCUACAACAACAAACAAAGCAGGGGGGAAAUACCAAGGAUCAACAGUGUCUCUGUGGGAUCUGCUCUACUCUAAAUACAUCACUGAGGAGAAGAGGAGAGAGCUUGUGCAACAGUACAAGUCUGGGUCAAUCACAAUUGAUCGUCUUUUAGAGAUUAUCCUGACAAUCAUUCAGCAACAAACAAAAUCAGACAGCAACACAACCAAAACUACCAUCACCACUACUACAGUCACAGAGACAUGUGAAGUUCCAGACUUCCAUGGAAUCAGGAAGGAAGUCAGUGCUACUGAGCUGCUUGAAUCAAAAAUCAUCACUGAGGAACUCUACAAAGAUCUUAGCUCUGGAAAAGUCACAGUGACAGAAGUGAGUGAAAUGGAUUCAGUAAGCAAGUACCUUGAGGGGACCAACAGCAUUGCAGGGGUGUACGUGCAGUCUACCAUGGAGACCCUGAGUAUCUUCGAAGCCAAAGGUAAAGGCCUGCUGACUCCUGGUACUUCUCUGGUUCUGCUGGAGGCCCAAGCUGCCACUGGCUUUGUCAUUGAUCCAGUGAACAACAAGAAACUUUCAGUAGAGGAAGCUGUCGCUCAAGGAGUGGUUGGCAGUGAGUGGAAAAACAAACUGCUUUCAGCAGAAAGGGCCGUAACAGGAUACAAAGAUCCCUACACUGGAAACACAAUUUCUUUGUUCCAAGCUUUGAAAAAAGAUCUCAUUGUGAAAGAUCAUGGAAUUCGUCUCCUUGAAGCGCAAAUUGCAACUGGAGGAAUAAUUGAUCCAGUCUACAGUCACAGAGUGCCUGUACAAGUGGCAUAUGAAAGAGGUUACUUUGAUGAGGAAAUGAACCAGAUCUUGUCUGAUCCUGAUGAUGACACCAAGGGCUUCUUUGAUCCCAACACUAAAGAGAACCUAACCUAUCUCCAGCUGGUGGAGAGAUGUGUGACCGAUCCCAUCACUGGCUUUAGCUUACUGGUCAUUGUGAAGAAAGACGAAUUUUAUUUCUUUGUUGAUGAGGCUACAAAACUCAUUCUGAAAUCUACAACAACAAACAAAGCAGGGGGGAAAUACCAAGGAUCAACAGUGUCUCUGUGGGAUCUGCUCUACUCUAAAUACAUCACUGAGGAGAAGAGGAGAGAGCUUGUGCAACAGUACAAGUCUGGGUCAAUCACAAUUGAUCGUCUUUUAGAGAUUAUCCUGACAAUCAUUCAGCAACAAACAAAAUCAGACAGCAACACAACCAAAACUACCAUCACCACUACUACAGUCACAGAGACAUGUGAAGUUCCAGACUUCCAUGGAAUCAGGAAGGAAGUCAGUGCUACUGAGCUGCUUGAAUCAAAAAUCAUCACUAAGGAACUCUACAAAGAUCUUAGCUCUGGAAAAGUCACAGUGGCGGAAGUGAGUGAAAUGGAUUCAGUAAGCAAAUACCUUGAGGGGACCAACAGCAUUGCAGGGGUGUACGUGCAGUCUACCAUGGAGACCCUGAGUAUCUACAAAGCCAAAGGUAAAGGCCUGCUGACUCCUGGUACUUCUCUGGUUCUGCUGGAGGCCCAAGCUGCCACUGGCUUCGUCAUUGAUCCAGUGAACAACAAGAAACUUUCAGUAGAGGAAGCUGUGGCUCAAGGAGUGGUUGGCAGUGAGUGGAAAAACAAACUGCUUUCAGCAGAAAGGGCCGUAACAGGAUACAAAGAUCCCUACACUGGAAACACAAUUUCUUUGUUCCAAGCUUUGAAAAAAGAUCUCAUUGUGAAAGAUCAUGGAAUUCGUCUCCUUGAAGCGCAAAUUGCAACUGGAGGAAUAAUUGACCCAGUGCACAGUCACAGAGUGCCUGUACAAGUGGCAUAUGAAAGAGGUUACUUUGAUGAGGAAAUGAACCAGAUCUUGUCUGAUCCUGAUGAUGACACCAAGGGCUUCUUUGAUCCCAACACUAAAGAGAACCUAACCUAUCUCCAGCUGGUGGAGAGAUGUGUGACCGAUCCCAUCACAGGCCUUAGCUUACUCCCCUUGCACAGGUGAGGGAAAGGAAACCUUCUUAAAUGAUUAUUCUUGUCUUUUUUCCAGUAUGUGAUUUUUUACUAACUACUGAUGCUAGUAGUCACAAAACAACUUCACCGCAUUUGUUUUAGAGUUUCAGUUUUAGUCAAGCCAAGGCUGUUUUCAAAGAAAUAUGGAGAAAAAUACUGUAUUGUGCUGAAUACUUUUCCUUCCUUAAAAAAUAGAGCAAGCAAUGAAUUUAAAAAAAACUUCUUAUUCUAUCACAGGAAGCAGUGUUUUGUUUCAAGGUUUUGAUCACCAUGAGGACUAAAGUCCUUUUGAAACAGCAAGCACUUUUAUUGGUUUUCAAUCUCUAUUUUUACUGAAUUCUGAUCAUCUUUGACUAUAUACGACAGUAACUGGUAUAAAAACAUUUUGGAUUUAUGAUACUUUUCCUUGGUUAAUGUUACUUCAUGUUAUUUGUUGUAUCCAUGGGUUUUACUGUUUCCACACAGUUGUAACUAGAUGGGUUCAGCUUAACCUGCUUUCACAUCACAUAUAGAAGCUCAACUUAGUUAUGUUGUACUGUACUUGGGCAAAAACCUUCCUUUACACACAAAUACAUUGUGUGUCUUAAAUUAGUGAAAUGUGACUACAAUGAAUAUAGUUUUGCAUUGCCUGCUUUGACUCACCCUGGGAGCAAACCACGCAUUUGUUUUUUUUCUACACUUUUACAACAUUCAUUGCUCAUAUUGUUUCAUUGUGCAGCCCAAUAAAUAAAUGAGAUAUGAAUACUA